ACAGAGCUAACAAAUUAAAGCAAGAAGAGAAACUGAAAACAGAGAACAGAGAACAGAGGUACAUAGAGAUCAAUAGUCAAAGAUGGCACCAAUUUCUCUUCUCACUCCAUACAAGAUGGGCAAAUUUGAUCUCUCCCACAGAAUUGUUCUGGCUCCAUUAACAAGAACAAGAUCUUAUGGAAAUGUUCCCCAGCCACAUGCCAUUCUGUAUUAUUCUCAAAGGACAACAAAGGGGGUGCUUCUGAUUGCUGAGGCCACAGGUGUCUCAGACACAGCCCAGGGUUACCCAAACACUCCAGGCAUAUGGACUAAGGAGCAGGUGGAGGCAUGGAAACCCAUUGUGAAUGCUGUGCACAAAAAAGGGGGUGUCUUCUUUUGCCAGAUUGGGCAUGUUGGAAGGGUUUCUGCCUAUCAUUACCAACCUAAUGGGCAAGCACCAAUUUCAAGCACGGACAAGCAAAUUGCACCUCAAACUCACCCUGAUGGCACUGUGGAGGCCUACUCUCCCCCUCGACGGUUAACAACCGACGAGAUCNAAAAAAAAAAAAAAAAAAAAGGUGAGAGAGAAAGAAACAGAGAAUAA